UAAAAAAAAAAAGAAAGAAAGAAAGGGAAGCCUCCCAAUGGACUGGUCUUGUUUCACAAAGCAAGUCAGCCUCCUAGUUGAAGACUUUGACUGGUGCGUCUAAGAAGAGUUCUCAUGCCUGGAAUAAUCUAGCACGGGUCUGUUUUUUUUAAACUUGGUUAACAGUUGGUAAAAGUUUUGCAUUUUCCUCAGGCAGCCGAAACCCUUCCAGGAGGCUCUUCUCUGCUUCGCUCAACUUGCCUCCAGUCUCUGUGUAACAGCCUGCAUGUUUUGGUGCUGCUUAGACUCUAUGUGGUCUCUAUGGCCUCAUUUUGCCGGACUGUCACACGGAGGGAGGUUUUCCCCAGCACCAGAAAAAAACCUUGGUGUGGUCUCUUCAGCACAGUAGCUAAGAACAAGUUUCCUGAUUGCUCCCAGGUUUUCUCAGGAACUCUUUUCAGGAAGAGGCUGUUCCUCCCCCACACUUAAAUGGAUGAUUAUGUUGCAAUUAGGAAAAAGCAUCUCCAGAGACCUAUCUUUAGACUAAGAUGUUUAGUAAAGCAGCUGGAGAAAGGCGAUGUUAACGUGGUUGAUUUGAAGAAGAACAUUGAAUAUGCGGCAUCGGUUCUGGAGGCAGUAUACAUUGAUGAAACAAGGAGGUUGUUGGAUACAGAGGAUGAACUAUCAGAUAUCCAAUCCGAUUCCGUUCCUCUGGAAGUACGAGAUUGGUUAGCGUCUACCUUCACAAGGAAAAUGGGGAUGACAAAAAGGAGGCCAGAGGAAAAGCCAAAAUUUCGAAGCAUCGUGCAUGCUGUACAAGCUGGGAUCUUUGUGGAAAGAAUGUAUCGAAGAACAUCUAGCAUGGUUGGUUUGGCCUAUCCAGCUGACGUAAUAGCAACUUUUAAGGAUGUUGACAAAUGGUCAUUUGACGUAUUUUCCCUAAAUGAAGCAAGUGGAGGCCAUAGUCUGAAAUUUAUGAUGUAUGAAUUGUUUACCAGAUAUGAUCUACUGAGCCGUUUCAAGAUCCCUGUUCCAAGUCUUAUUUCAUUUGGAGAAGCUUUGGAAAUUGGCUACAGCAAGCAUAGAAAUCCUUACCACAACUUGAUCCAUGCAGCUGAUGUUACCCAUACUGUACAUUGCAUCAUGCUUCUGACUGGGAUCAUGCACUGGCUCACUGAACUGGAAAUAUUAGCCAUGAUUUUUGCAGCUGCAGUUCAUGACUAUGAGCAUACUGGGACUACAAACAACUUCCACAUUCAGACCAGGUCAGAGGUUGCCAUUUUGUAUAAUGAUCGUUCUGUUCUUGAAAACCACCAUGUCAGUGCUGCUUAUAAGAUUAUGCAGGAAGAGGAAAUGAAUAUUCUGAUGAAUCUAACAAAAGAUGAAUGGAGGGAGCUGCGCAACCUGGUUAUUGAGAUGGUUUUAUCUACUGAUAUGUCUGGGCAUUUCCAGCAAAUCAAGACAAUGAGGCACACUCUCCAGCAAACAGAAGGGAUUGACAAAGCCAGAGCCAUGGCCCUGAUCCUCCACGCUGCAGACAUCAGCCAUCCAUCAAAACUGUGGGAUCUGCACUACCGAUGGACAAAGGCCCUGAUGGAAGAGUUUUUUCGACAGGGAGACAAAGAGGCAGCGCUGGGGCUACCAUUCUCUCCUCUCUGUGACCGGAAGUCCACCAUGGUGGCACAGUCCCAAAUAGGUUUCAUUGAUUUCAUAGUGAAACCAACAUUUGCUCUUCUUACUGACUCCAUGGAGAAAAUAGUUUUUCCUCUUAUAGAGGAAGCAUCAAAGUCCGAAAGUCCUACCUUUGUGACAGCACCAAGUGAAAAUAGUACAGGAGGCACCAGCACUGAUAUACAGAAAAAGAUAAGUAUCAAAAACGCUGCAUGCGUUGGUGGGACCUGCUCAGAAAAUGCUUUGGCAAUGGUGGAUUUAAGAAGCUUUAAGGACAACUUAUUCCAGACCAUACAGGAAAACAAAGACAGGUGGAAAGAUUUAGCAGAAAAAGGUGAGCCUAAUCUCAGUGAGAAUUGCGAAGAGCCACUGAAAGAACCAGAACAGGUUGUGCUGCGCAGCUAGGUCAAUGGGACCUUCAUUGUUUCUGCUCGUUUUCAGACUGAGAGGAUGAACUGAACAGCAAGAAAACGUCUUCAUUUUCCACAAGGCUGGUAUCUUUUCUAUGUAUCACCACAAAGGAAUGAGCUGGUAAUUCAAGGCAUUGAUUACAGCUAUCAAGAUUCCAACUUAUUUGAUUUCUUCUUCAGUUCUUCUGUUAUCCUUAACUUAGCUGGAAUACAUCUUCAGCCAAAAUCAUUCUUAGACACACACACCCAUAUAGAAUGACUGCUAAAGGGAGGAAGCGCCUGAUUAGCAGAGACUUUGUGAAAGCUUCCUCUGAGCUGAUUGCCUUGCUUGGAGAUGAUUAAGAGGACUGUGGCCUGGAUCUCAAGGUGCAAUUAGUGUAGACAGCUGCAAGCUGCUUCUCUCCUGUCUUGUUGAUUAAUGACAUAUCCAGAUGUACAGAUUUUUGCUUUUAUAGAAAUAUGGGGGAGAGGGUUCAGAAAAGCUGCACUAAAAAAAUCAAGAGUUGUAGAAAGCCCGUUGAAUAAGUAGUGAUGGUUUUAUAGGCAUCUAAUGAGGUGAACCUCUGGUCUUUUACUUAACCAGCCAUAUUUUUGAAAGGGACAAAAAUAUCUAUUUAAAACUAGUGAAACAAGGCUAGGUCAGGUUGUAUGAGAAGAUCAGACUGCUAGUUGCUGUUUCAGACUCUCGGGAGAAGCCAUGACUUAGCAGCUGAGCAUGUGCUUUGCAUGUAGGGGGUCCAUGAUGCAAACCCUGGUGCCAGAGAAAACUGACUUGAGACAUCAGGGUUGUGCGAGAGACCUCGAUCUAUGAGCUUGGAGAACUGCUGCUCACUAGGCUAGGUAGGCCAACAGCUUGUCUCUUUUUAAGCAUUCUUACUUCAGACUAUCUUGGUAAGCAUGCCAGGGGAAUGUGUGGAAUUUUUAAAUAAAUCUUAAGUUGUUUUCACCCUGUAGAUAGAAGUCAGCCAGGGCCUUUCUCUCCUUCCCACUGAGACAGCAGCAAAACCGAAGAGUUGACAAGAGAACUAGCGGUCUACCUGCUUCUUCUGGCUUUCUCACUUUUGGAGCGAGUUGCAUUCCACACUUUUGGGGAAGGCAGAAAGCAAUGACAUCCAGUUAUAAAGCUCACGUUAAAGGGGUCACAUAUGCCAUAUAUGAGCUAUGAAUAUUAAAUAUCAGCUAUUUGAUUUGAAGGAAGUUUUGGGUGGGUGGAUCGGAAAUGAAAAAAGGCUUGUGGCAACUAUUUCUGUCCACAAGGGCAGAGCUUGCAUUUUGCAUGGACCUUCUGUGCCGCACCACAGGAAUGACCUUUGGAAGAAUCAAAUUGUCUGAAAUGUCCUAUGAUGUAUCUUACACUUUUGCUAAAGUGUUUUCUCUCUUCUGCUCUGUAUGUGAAUGUGCAUAUGUAUACGUAGUCAUGCGUAUACACCCGUAUGCUGCCACUAUCAAGAGGCACCAGGAAUCUGGAUUAUUCACUGUGUCUUCAUGCUCUUAUAGAAUGAUUUUCCCAUGAUUAAAAUAACCAUUGUUGUGAAUGGUUUGCUUCAAGUUCAAGAGAUAUGUAUCAAUCAUAGGCAAAUAUUCUUUCAUUAAUCCUAGGAAUUACUCAGGAAAAAUACUUGUAGACACUUCAAUCUGGAGCCCUGGGUGCAAAAUUGAGAUGUCCACUUCUGCUGGGAAAGAGAGUUUCUGGAGAUCUCUUCCUUGUAUGGGACUGUCCAGCAACAGCAAGAUCUCCAGUUUUAUUUUGGAAGCCCUCAUAUAAUGCCUUAAAUAUACAGGAUUAAUCUCUCAAUCUCUCUCUUUCUUUCUCUCUCUUUUUGGUCACCCGCAUGCUUGUAGUCAUCUCACCCACCAAACUGUAGGGCGGUUACAAUUAAAGCUUUGCAAAGCAUGAGUCUGCCAGGAAGAAAGGCAAUUAUUUUCUGCCAACCAUGGUGCAGUUUCAGCCGUAAUUCCAUAUGAAUGCCAGCUUCUGGCUCUGGUAGAUGUACAAUUGGUUUCAUUAAAUGCAUUUGUCUUAGGGACAGGCUCUUUGACAAUGAUGCCAAGCAUUCAAAGAAGCAAUUGACCUCCUCUCACUCUUAGAACAUUGAGGCCAAUGCAGUAAGAAUGUACAUUACGUGGCCUUUAUUUUACAGUGAAAACUGUCUUGUCUUUUUAUGCUACAAAUGAAAAACGGCAACAGCUACUGUGUUUAAGCUGAGUUUUUUGUGGGUUUUUUGCUGAGAAAAAAAUGCAGCAGACUGAAUCCCAUUAAGAUCUGUUUUUGUAUAAUUUGUUUGGUUUUUUUUUUCUUUUCCUAUAUGUUGCCUUAUGUUGAAAAGGUUGAAAAUAUUGUGGACAAAACCUUAAAACAAGCAAGGUAUGAAUGGUUGCAAGUCUUAAGAUCCUAAUUUGAAAUUGUGCUCUUCAAUUUCAUUUGCUUGUGGAUAGAACUGAAAUACUGUGAAAAUCCCUGACGUAGGGCACGCUCAUUAGCGGUUAGGACCAGAAAGUGGGGUGGGGGGGGAAGUUACCCAUUCUCUACGUGUUCUCUUUGUUUUGUUUUAGCUUUAGGCUACCUUUUAAACACUGUGACAGGCUUCAGUGAAAGAAGGCUUUUCCUCCACAGGUCGUUUAAAUUUCCCUUGACUUUAACAUUGGAUUGGGACCACGUUACGGAUUAGUUAUUCAGUUUUGCAGUGAUUUAUGCAGAAUAUGUCUUGUCUUAUCUGGUCUUUUCUGUACACUUAUAGUUAGUGUGCAUUGUCCUUUCCAGAGACACCAUGUAUGAGUUAUACCAAUAAAUAGAUUUGUUCACUGGGAAGGUUGCAGGUCUGCCAUGUUUAAAAUUAAGGGAGCAUUGUGGGAAAUUAAAAUGGUGGCCUGAUCUUUUCACCUUGCACUGCUCAGAGUAUAGCUGAAUAGAUAUAGAGAUAUAAUUUCCAACUUUUAUUUUGUAUAUAUUUAUCUUGAGAUCUCUGGCAUACUCUGUAAUAUAAACGUGAAUUAUAAUUUCUGCAUUUAAAAAAAAAAAUUUUUAGUGUGGCAAUCCUCAUGGAAUGUAUGGGGGGGCUCUUUCUGCUGUAGCUGCCUAUGAUAAGAUGUCUAAAUAAAUUAUAUUGGGAAGCCA